AUGGAUAGUCUUUUUACAAUUAAUAUAAAUCCAGAUGAAAAUGUAAGUUUAAAUAAAGGAAAAGAUAAUAUAAAGAAAUAUAGCAAAGAAGAAAAUGAUGAAGAAAAGAAUGAAGAGGAUGAUAAGCUAAUAAACUUUAAUAUAAAUGAAAUAAGUAAGGAGAACCCUUUUGAAAUGUUAGGAGAUUUAAACGAGAAUCAAAUAGAACAAUAUAUGAAUGUUAGGAAAAAUAUAAGAAAAUAUAUUUUAAAAUCUUUUAAAAAAGAUCGAAUUAUAAAUGGGCGUCUAGAAAACUCAGAAAUAGAAUUUUUGUGUGAUAAAAAUAAAAAGAAUAAUGAUGAAAUCAAGUUGAUUUUAAAAAAAGAUAUAAUUAAUAAUGUAAUAAAUAAUUUUACUAAGGAUAAGCAGAAAAGGAACAAGGGUAAUGACAUGAACAAUAGAUAUUUUUAUUUAAAUCCUGAUGAAAAAGGAUAUAAUAAUAAUGAUGAUGAUGAUGAUAAAUAUAUUGAAGAAGAAAGGGAUGAGAAAAAUUUUAUGGAUUUAUUUAUGGACACCGAUAUGUUUGAAAAGAAGAUGAAUGAAGAAAUUGAAAGAAAUAAUGAAACGGAUAUGAAUGAUGAUAAAAAAUUAAGUGAUAAUAAUGAGGAUGAUAAAAAUGAUGAUGAUAAAAAUGAUGAUGAUAAAAAUGAUGAAGAUAAAAAUGAUGAAGAUAAAAAUGAUGACGAUAAAAAUGACGAUGAUAUAUAUGACGAUGAUAUAUAUUCUGAUGACAUAUAUACUGAUGAUAAAAAAAAUGAAUUCCAUAAUGAUGAAGUAGCCAUUGUAAUUUCUAAAAAUAGUGAUGAGGAUAAAACCUCUAUUACAAAUGAUAAUAUAUUAAUUGAAGAAAAAUGUAUUGUGCCAAAAAAGUUUAAUAAGGUACUAUCAAAUUUCGAGAAAAGAAUAAAAAGAUGGAAAAUAAAUUUCCCAGAUAUUAAUUCAGAAAAUAUGUUUUUUCAUUUAUAUUUUUUAUCAGAAUUAUAUAAAGAGAAAAGAUAUAUAUGCCAAAAUUGUGGUUCAAUAGAAUGUGAAAAAGAUUCUUUUAUGAAAGCUAAAUGUUUAAAUAAUUUCUGUUUCUUAUGUCAUAAACAUAUAUCAGAGAAUAUGUGUCAUAAUACGAGGUCACAAUAUGUAUCAUUUAAAUCGCAUAUAAAUUCAUUUAAUGAUUAUAGAUUAAUAAUGUAUCCAUAUAAUUAUAUUUCAUGUUUAAAUUGUUUUAAGAGAAAACAUAUUAAGUGUGGAUCGCCUCCAUAUAUAUUUGCAAAAAAUACCUAUUUUUAUAGAAAAGAUUAUAAUUUUAAAUCGAAUAGAGCUUAUGUUUUAUAUAUGAAUAAUCCAUUAUAUAUAUGGGACAUUUCAAAUGAUAAGAAAAAUAGCAUUGCUGAUAGUACUAAAAAUGAUAGUGAUAUAAGUGUUAUAAAUAUAAAAGGACAUAAAUAUAAUACCUUAUAUAAUCAUGAUAAAAUUUCUAAUAUAUAUAGUAUUGAUGAUUAUGAUAGUGAUUACUAUGAUCACGAUGAAUUAUUUAAAAAUAAAAAUGAAAAAAAUCAUACGCAUCAAAAUGAUACAUUUCAUAAUGAUAUACAGAAUAAUAAAAAAAAAAGAAAAUUUUCUUCCUACAAUUUAGGAAAUAAUAAUUCUGAUAAAAUGUUAAAUAAAAAAUCAAGAGAUGAUUACAAUCAUGAUGAUAUUAGAAAAAACUUUCAUUAUGAUAAUAAACAUACACAUCAUAGCAAAGAUGAAGAUAGAAAUUAUAGUCAUAAAAAUAAAUAUAGUAAUUCAUAUAAUAACAAAUAUGAUAAUAAUAUUAAUAAUAAAUAUAACAAACAUGAUGAAAAUAAACAUUAUAGAAAAGAUUACUCACAUGGUGACGAUGCUAAUUAUGUUCGCACGUCUAUAUACGAAAAAAAAAAAAAUAGUUUCUAUAUGAAUAAUCACAAUGCAAGAAAUAAUAAUAACGAUCAUAAUUUAUAUAAUAAUAAUAAUAAUAAUAAUAAUAAUAAUAAUAAUAAAUAUAAUAAAUAUAAUAGUCAAGAGAAACAUACGUCAGGUUUAUACAAAUACAAAAACUCAUCAAAUAAUAUAUCAAACAAUUAUGUAUCACAUAAUUCCUUUAAUAAUUUAAACACUACAUCUAACAAAAAUAAUAAUAAACAUAAUUCUUCACAAAAAUAUGAUAAAAAACAUUCUUGGAAUCCAAGAGAAAAUGGACAAAAUAAAAAUAAUAACAAUAAGAAAAAGUCUGAAAAUAAUUAUAGGAAAGCUAGCGGUUUGUAUAAAAAUGUAUACUAA